CAUCUGUUCUCCCCACCGUACAUUUUUUGCACACUUGAAAGAGUCUGUGUUACAAAAAGCACCAAAAUAAUGUAGACUUUUAUGCCAAAUAUGUGUUGAAUUCUUCCUAUGGUUUGCUGGAGAUAUGCUCUAAAACUUGCGCCGAAAAAUUCUUGCCGAGACUUAAUAAGGUCUUCAAAUCUUUGCCAUUGAGUUUGCAAGACGAGGACAAAGAUGCCUGUAAAUAGAGAUGUUCUAAUGGACGCGUUGGCCACUGUUGCCAGAAGCAGGAAUGUGAUGGUUACGGCUCAACAGUCUGCAAAAGCUGGGGUUAUCGCUGGAACGUCUGUCCUGGUUGGCACCCUAUUUGGUGGACCCGUAGGCCUGGUCCUAGGUGGAAUAGUUGGCACAACCCUUGCCUACAAAUCCACUGGGCCCGUGAAGCCGUUGUGGCAGGUUUUGAAUGAAGAUUUUUCUGAUUAUCAAAAAGAACAGCUCAUGCAAAAAGUCGCUGAAGCCUUCCGUGGCGUCGAAUUCACAGACAUUGCCAUGCUGGCCACGCUCAUAAUUCGAACCAGCAGUCUGCAAGAUACCGCGAUGAGAAUUGCCCUCGACUAUGCCCGCAGUCAGAUUACCAUGUAGUAAUUUUUUCAAACUGAAUUUUGCAAUGGAUGCUAAAAGGCUGAACUGUUAUAUCAAUUGGAAAAAAAAUAAAAUUUUGCUAUUUUAAUGUGAUAAAAUAUGAAAAAACGUUUUGAAGAAGCUGUUGUGAAAAUUGAAAUUAAAUGCAGAGCAUAAUUAUCAUGACAUAAUUUCUUAAUUAUUUUUGCU